AGGCCAAAAAAAGGCCGCAAAGGCAAAAGUCAAGCAAAGGAAGCCCUGCUAAAGCAGAGGCUUCAGCAGGCAAAGACAUUCCAAAUUAAAAACCAAAUAAGUAGCUCUUCCCAUGAAUGUUUCGAAGAGCUGAGUGACUCUGAAAGCGAGCGUGCAUGUAGUCUUCAACAGGCCAAAGUAUCUCCAAGCCAGCAGUCACAUAGCUCAUCCCUUGGAUAUUCUGGAAGCUUAAUAAUGGUUGAUUCUGAGAGUGAGCCGUUAAACAGCAGUGAGGAUGAGUACUUCCCAGGUGAUGAAGAGAUGCAUGCUGAUGAUGAUUUUGUAGGAAUGGAAGUUACUGUGCCAUACCGCUCACCGCUAAAGGAACUUUUUCAGAAGGGUAUGUCUAAGUUUUGGGCUGUUGAAAAACCUGUAGUUAGCAUUCCUACUACUUGACCUGAACAGAUGAACCUUAUGUUUUUUUUUCUGAUUUCUGUUCCAAAUUUGCAUGCAAAUCCAAAACUAUCCAUAUUACUGAGAAUUAGGAACCAGAAUGGUUUAAGGAAAAUAUGCCACCAAAAUCUCAACCUUCACCAAACAAAGCACUCAUCAUUGACAAGCCCUUCUUGUGUUCUUUUAACAUAUAAUGUGCUUUAAUGUGAUCUAAUUAGCUAUUUCUUAAUUAUAACUCAAAGCAACCAAGAAAAGUGAAAAUGAUUAGUACAUGCAGUUAUCACUUGUAAGGUCCUUCCAAGUUACACUUAAGGUACUCUACACUUUUAUCCCAAUGAUGAAAUUUUAUUCAGAUGCAUGCAUACAUGUAUAUUUUGAAAGGUGAUGCUAAAGUUGCACCAAUAUCAAGGAAAGAGAAGGGAUCAAGGAAUCUGACAGAUGGAGCUCAAGGACAAAGUGAGUAUAGUAUCUAUAUAGUGUCUGUCCAUUGUUGUUUCAUGAUGUUAUUUGUUUUACAUGCAUAUUCUACUUGAUAUUCAAAGUGGUCUUGGAGUUGCAACAAUAAUUUAAAAGGAAGUAGAACAAUUAACAGCUAGAGAUUACCAUGAUGAAGUAAAUUUUAUUCAAGUUACACUUAAGGUGACUCUACACUCAAGUUAAUGAUCCCAAUGAUGAAGUAAAUUUUAUUCAGAUGCAUGCAUACAUGUAUUUUGUUUUGCAAGGUGCUUCUAAAGUUGUACCAAUAUCAAGGAAGGAGAAGGGAUCAAGGAAUCUGACAGAUGGAGCUCAAGGACAAAGUGAGUAUAGUAUCUAUAGUGUCUGUCCAUUGUUGUUUCAUGAUUUUAUUUGUUUUGCAUGCAUAUAUUCUACUUGAUAUUCAAAGUGGUCUUGGAGUUGUAACAAUAAUUUAAAAGGAAGUAGAACAACAGCUAGAGAUUACCAUGAUGAAGUAAAUUUUAUUCAAGUUACACUUAAGGUACUCUACACUCAAGUUAAUGAUCCCAAUGAUGAAGUAAAUUUUAUUCAGAUGCAUGCAUACAUGUAUUUUGUUUUGCAAGGUGCUUCUAAAGUUGUACCAAUAUCAAGGAAAGAGAAGGGAUCAAGGAAGCUUUUUUAUGAAACUGAUCAAGAGCAAAGUGAGUAUGCAUGGUAUCUAGCAAUCUGUCCAUUAAUUGUCUGUGUUAUAUGUCAUGGUUUUAUUCAUUUUGCACUUGCUCUACCUGAUAUGCAAUGUGGUCUUGGAGUUGUGUCAAAAGAACAAACAUCAUAUAGGCAUAUAGACUUGGUGAGGGUCCUGAGAGUGUUUUCUUUAUACAGGUUUGACUGUAGCUGUUAUGAAUAUAAUGAAUGAACACACAUGUAUGCAGGUGUAGAUCAAGUUUACCUUCACUGAAUAUAAACAUAAAACUUGUACUUAUAAUUACAAAUAUAUGUUUCUUUUAGGAUCUCAGCCUGCCCUCUCCAAGUGUGGACGAGAGGAAUGCCGUCUCUUGAGACAAGAAAAUGCCUCACUGAAGCAGAAAGUUUUGGAAUUAGAGCAGAAAUUGAAUGGUUAGAAUUACUGUUUAUUGUUAUCAUGUUUUGUAUAUAACUGCCACUAGAAACAUUUUUUAUCCUACAAAAAUAACAGUUAAUUGGCACACUUAAAAUUUAAUUAUUAUUCACUAUUUUUUUUUACUUGAUUGUCAAUCAUUGAAAAUGAUGGAGGGUUGUGUAAUGUAUGUAUGUUUUUGAUUCAUUGGUACAGGUACCUAUUCUUAUAGGACUGUUUUGUUUAAUUUCUUUCAGAUCAGUAUAGUGAAGACACUAACAAACCACUUGCUGGAGUCAUUUCUCCAGUAAUUGCAUCAAAACACAAGGUACACAUGCCUGUACAUGCAUGCUUUAAAUAACAAGCACUCCUAGUUUAAUGUUCAAUUGUAUAUUUGAGGGCAGCUGUUUUACCAGAUGUAUUUGUUGUUUAUUUCAAGCACCCUACAUGUACAACCUACAAACCUAGUGUUCCCUAAAUACUAAGGGUGCAUCUGCUUGAUAUGAAGUCACAAUGUUAUUGGUAAUAAGUUUAACAUUCUGGGGCCGGAUUCAUGAAGCCCUCCUAAACUAAGACAAAUCCUAAACAUUGUUUAUUAACAAUAGUCUAUUGUCGUAACCACAAUAGACUAUUGUUAAUAAACAAUGCUUAGGAUAUGUCUUAGUUUAGGUGGGCUUCAUGAAUCCAGCCCCUUGAUAGGUCAUCCAGAAGAAAUGUAAUUCUCUGUGAGGGAGACUUUAAAUAGGUGCGUUAAAUUUUUCUGUUCUUCAUCCAAAGUUGGGGUUUUGUUAUUAAACUUGAAGAAGAAUUCAAGGUACAGAUGUGAACAUUUCACUGUACAUUUCACUCAUUUAUUGUAUCUCUUUUACUUAGAUGGAAGAAAUGGCCAUAGGGAGUGGGGUUUUCUGGUACCCGACCCAACGACUGAAUGCAUUGGCAGAAGGAAAAUCAGUGGGCACUAUGACAGCAUACUUGAUUGACGUCAUGUUUGACAAAAAAAAAACUUUAAUGAUUUCAAACUUGGCAGGAGGGGGCAACUUGGGCUACAGACAGCUGUGCCCUCAAAUCAUUAAAGCCAUCACAGGUACAUGUAUGCUCUUUGAUUGCAUUACUUGUCCUACUUGUUUUUCGUGCAUGUAUUAUGCUUGAUUCAUGGGAAAAAAACCAGCUUUUAUUAUUGCACAAUGAAAUCUCUUUAAGGUGGACACCCAUUGGACUAGCUCUAGCUGUCCACCUUACUAGCCAACCACGUCUGUCUUAGAGAUAUGUUUGCCUUACAUUUGGUGUCUGCUUUGAGAGAGUUGACUGCAUGUAUACCAUACACCAAAUGCAAAUAUGGCCAUCCAAGAAUUUUUGGUCUGGGCAGGUUUUCAAGAAAAGAAAAGCAAUUGGAUAAUGAUAAAGAUCAGGUCAAAAUAAGUCAUUGUGCGUAUUUUCAGGGCCAUGUUCUUAUUUAAGAAGAAGGUAUUGGCACUCACAUUUUGGGAAAAAAACAUGAAAGCGAGGCUAGUGAGGAUAUAGACUAUCUUUUCCCACACAAAUGUUUAUAAUUUCAGUCAGCCAUAACUUUGCAGCUCAAAUUUUUAAGAUGAUAUACUUAGAGGCACUUGUUCACGUGAAAUCAUUAUAAUUUCUAUGAAAACUUGGCUAAACAAAAAAAAGGCCUGACGGCCAUAUUUGCAUUCAGUGUAUAAAUCAUCUAUUAAUUAAGCUCUUUUAUAUAGUAGCAAACUGUAUUUGUUGAAGAAGAAAUGAAUUGAUUCUCCUCCCUCCUUCCCUAAAGUAAAACAACCCCUCUCAGUUCAUUAUGGAAAUGAUAUGCUACUCUUUGAUGUAAACUCCUGUACCGCUAUGACAUUAUGAGCUUUAAUUUUCAUGGCAUCAGUUAUUGUUUUGAUUUUACUGAAUCAAUGAGAGUAUUACAUAUAAUCCUAAUUAUACAAGACAUGCUUUCUUUGGUUAGUUUAAUUUCGGUUCUGGUGAAAACAAGGGGGGUCCUAAUCAUGUGUUCAUGCAGGUUAUAAACAUGUGUAACACAUCUACUAUAUAUAGCAUUUAAUAUUAAGCUUUGGCAGUUGUGUGAUUGCUUUAAAUCCUUCUCAAUCUACAGCAUUUGUUCAAUCCCAGUUCAAGGAUGGGAAUGUCAUCUCCAAAGUGAGAAAAACAAUCCAAGACAAGUGCACUGCAAGCAGGAGGGGGAUAUCAAAGACAAAAUGA